CACGAAGACAGUCAUCACAAUGACUUCGACGAACAUGUUUUCAGGACUCGAUAAUGGCGCAAAGCCAAGUUCAAGAGUCCUGCGUCCCCCCGGAGGUGUCUCCAGUGACCUGUUCGGUGGCUACGAGGGAGAAGCAGUUGCGUCGAGACGGCCCCACAAGAUGGCCUCCAACCUUUUCGCCCCACCAGAGCCCCAGGGUGUCAUCAGGCGAACCAACCCCCCAGGGGGUAAAAGCAGUGGGAUAUUUGGUUCUCCAGAUGCCCCAGCCGAGCAACGGAGACCCGUACCCCCAGGCGGCAACACUAGCAACAUCUUCUGGGGGCUAGAGAGCGCCCCUCCCUCUGACAAAGCCCAUUCCAACAAGCCAAAGGACAACAUUUCUGUGGGUGAAAGUCCCAUACCCGAGCCCCCAGCUCCUCUGCCGAAGGAGAUUCCGGCCAAGGAGGAGAAGGAAGAGAAUGUCGCCUCCCCUCCCCCCACUCCCACCAAAGCAGCGGUGGAGACUGCGCCUGCUCCCUCGGCCAAGAAGCCAGAGGCCUCCCUUAGUGAGCUCUCACUGAAGGACCAUGAGCCCCACCUCGGCCCCCGCCCCCGCUCCCACAACAAGUGUGGCCGGUUUGUAUGCAGUCUGGAACGCGCCCCUGUUCAAGGUCUCCUGGUGCCAUAACCCCUGAGUGUUGGAGUGCCUGGCAGGCAAAGUUCACAGCAGAGGAAAAGCAAAAAUAACCUGUGUAUUGCAAUAAAACUUAUUUUCAGACUAUCAGGAUACGUCUCAAAUGGCACCCUAUACCCUAUAUA